CCUCCGCUGGGGAAGCCGCUGUGCUGUGGAUGGUGAAGUCCUCACCCUAGGAAACAAACCAGAGGGCGGAAUAAACAGCUGUUGGUCCGAACGAAUAGGCACCCAAGCAGGACACUGUGGAGUGGGGACCAAAUCUGGAAAGAGAAAAGAAAAAAAAAACAAAACUACCAGUAUUUGCCUCACCCACGGCACACGUUUGGCUGAGGAACCUGCAGAGCCUGUCUGAGCCUGCCAGCAACAGCAGGUUUUAGUGGAGACCCACCUGUACUGUGCAAUGGCUCUGCUCACUCUGCACAGGAUCCCUUCCCUCUCCACCGCUCCAGAUGAAAGCCUCCAAAGAAGAGGGAGACUUCAGAAAAGGGAGAGCUUUGCCCUCGUGAAGGGGGCGGUCCUUCUGCUGGAAGAGGAUGAGAGGGAGGGCCUUCAGGAUGAGGCUUCUCACACUCCCACGUCUCCCGUGAAGCAAAGCAGCGGAGCUUCAGGCACACGGCACAGACACCUCCAUGCCAUGAUUGAACACCUCAGACCAGAAGAUACCAUCAAGCUGGCGGUGCAGUUGGAGUCGGUCAGCCCCGUCAGAGUCAGGUAUCUGAUCGUCGUUUCCACCCUUGGCAGCAAACAGGAGAGCAUCCUGCUGGGCAUGGAUUUCCCCAACUCAGACAGCAAUCAGUGCACCAUCGGCCUGGUUCUGCCGAUAUGGAGCGACACGCAGGUGUACCUGGAUGGAGACGGUGGUUUUAGCGUGACCUCAGCUGAAGAGACCAGAAUUUUUAAGCCUGUUUCCAUGCAGACCAUGUGGUCAGUGCUGCAGGUGUUGCACGGCUGCUGCGAGCGGGCGGUGAAGGCAGUAGUGAUCCCAGGCUCUGGCCUGGAGUGGGCCCAGCUCUACCACAAGCACAUCGAGUCCGAUCGCUUCUGCCUCAACGAAUGGGAAGCCAUGAACGACCUGGAGUCAGUCCGCCGGGACAUUAAUGGACAGAGCUCGGCAGACAGAAUCUCCAACGAGAGACUGAUCAAAGAGCAUCUGAGAGACAUUAUGAGGACUGAAGACCUGGACAACCUCACGUCUAAAAUGGUACACUCUGCCCUGGAGAAGAGGAUAGGCUUUGACAUGAGACCUUACAAGGAAUACAUUGACAAUGAGAUCCUGGUCACCAUGGCUCAGAUGGACAAGCCCUCUAAAAUAUUUGACUAUAUGUAUCUGGGCUCUGAGUGGAACGCAGCUAACUUUGAGGAGCUGCAGAAAAACAACGUGGGCUACAUCCUCAAUGUGACAAGAGAGAUCGACAACUUUUUCCCAGAGUCCUUCACUUACAUGAACAUCAGAGUGUACGACGUUGAAGCCACCGACCUGCUCUCUCACUGGACAGACACAUAUAACUUCAUCAACACUGCAAGGAAGAGUGGACAGGCUGUGUUGGUGCACUGCAAGAUGGGCGUUUCUCGCUCUGCUUCCACGGUGAUCGCCUACGCCAUGAAACAGCAGCACUGGCCGCUGGAUGUGGCGCUGGCCUUCGUCAGGGAUCGCCGGUCCAUCGUCAAACCCAACGAGGGCUUCAUGAAGCAGCUCCAGACCUACAAUGGCAUCCUCAACGCAAGCCAGCAGCGUCACAGCACACUCUGGAGGCGAAAGUCGAGAGACCAAAGACAGAAGUCAAUUCGCAAGGAGGAAGACAGGGAGGAAGGAAAGCCAGGAGAGGAAGAGGAAGAGGAGGAGGAAGAGGAUGAGGGACUUGAUGAGGAGGAGGAUGUAGAGAGUCCAGAUGAAAAAGAUGAAUCAGAGGAAGACACAGAGGUGUUUGAAGAACGCGUCCCCCCAUCAGACACCAACCAGGACCCCGGACAGUCUGGACCAACAAGUGUCAAUCCCAUAAUCGCUGUACAUGAACCAGACAAGGUCGCUCCGAGUGUUAAUCGCAGCGGCAGGAUGAACCUCUUCUCCCUCAUGCAGUCCAUUAGUGAACUGGAUGACGAGGACAAGGGAUGUGAACAGCUUCCCGGCAGUCCAAGGCGGUCUCCAGGACAGCGGAGGCGAAGCCACGGGCGACGAGGUCUGAUUCACCAGAGAGCAUGUGUGGAUGUUUCACCUGAACCACGCAGCCUGCCGGACGCCGGUCAAAGUAAACCCUAAAGAAAUCAAAGACGUGGAAGAGCAGGGAGGGACUGGGUCCUAUAAAGGAGGCAGAGAGGAGGAGAAGCAUGGUGGGGAAAAAGUCUUGAAUACGAGGCCUGAAGGAAAAGUGCGUUCUGGUAACAUGCCAAGGUUUUUAUACACUGCUACGCUGUGGCUCAGCUAUAUAUUUUAGAUUAUUUAGAUCAGAGGUGUCCAAACUGUUCCACAAAGGGCCACGUGGCUGCAGGUUUUAGUUCCAACCAAUCAAGAGCACACAGUUUGACCAAUCAACUGUCUGAACACUGAGAUCAGUUGAUGAAAUGAGUCAGGUCUGGUGUGCUGCUGCUUGGUUGGAACAAACCCCUGCAGCCACACGGCCCUUUGUGGAACAGUUUGGACGCUUCUGAUUUAAAUGCUGAACGUUUUAAUUUAUGUUUUGCAUUUCUGUUUAUAAUUAUUUUAACUGAUGGUUCACUGUUGUUAAAAAGAUCUUGCUGUAGUAUUGCUAUACCAGUAAAAAGCCAGGAUAUUUGAUUGUAUUAUUAUGGUUUAUGCAGUGUUUUAGAACAUAUCCUACCACAUACAGACGUACCGGUUUCUCCCUCCAUGUAGCAUCCUCUUUCUCGAGCUACCUUGUUACCUCAUCCCUUCUUCAUUGCUUGCAUUACCACUCCAGAGAUUAUAUCUAUGCAAUUACUGUUCUCUGUAAAUAUGAGGCUGUAUGCUGCCAAUCCAAGGUAGACAGUUUUAAAUGUUUUUCAUAUUCUCUCUCUCAUCAGCAGCUGUGCUCUACUCUGCUACAUCUGAGCUGUGCAUUAUGGACCAAGUUAGGGCCAGUUUUGUGGCACAAGCCUGUUUGCCAAACGAUGUAUUCCAAUGUGCCAAUGACUAUAUAUUUAAUUGAAAAUCUAUAUCAUGUCAGUAUGUUAAAAACCAGAGUCACCUAUUUUAUUUUUAUUCAUUCUACUUAAACACCAGGGCUAUACGAGUGCCUUCAACCUGAGAAUGAAAUAUGACUCUAUGACUGGUGUUUGUAAUGUUUUUACUAUGGUGGGGGCUGAGUAUCGUUCGUAUCUUGUACUGUUUCUCUCUUGGUUUGACUGCAGUAUAAAUGUGACAUCCCAAAGUUCUGCAUGCAUCCUAAAUGCAUAAAUAUAUAUAUAUACAGUAUUUAUGUAACGACACAAAAUUGCUGAUGAACUGGGUGCAUGUUAUGUGAUUUUAUACCAGCCUGUGAGAGCAAAUUGUUCAGGGGUUUUCUCAUGUAUUUAUACAUAUGGACAUUUAUUGGAUCAAGGUAAAUUCAGUAUACUACUGUUGUCAGAUUUAUGAUGCUGAAGUGGAGCAUUCUUAUUUCAUGCUGGUGUUACUCUUUAUCCGGUAAACCCAAACGCAAGCUUACUUCAAAUUUUAACGUGCAUGCUCACCAUUAAAAAAAAAAAAAAAAGAAAGAAGAAGAAACCA